GCCCGACCAAAAACCUCUGCGUUUCCUGAUUUAGGGCUUUAGGCUCCAAGAUCUCCUCUCAGCUAGAGAUUCAGUAGCUCUCCCCGAGUACGAUCGCUCAAAAUCCAGCGCGAGAAUGCAAAAUUUUCGCAAAAUUAAUCAAUUGGUACGAAGGCAAAGUCUCGACGCUCAUUUCAAGUCGAUUAGAGGUUACCCUCUAAAUGGGGAUGCUAGCUGUUGCUGCUCGGCGUCAAUGUCGAUGGAAAAGAGUUUUACUAGCCUUCGUCCUUUUGGGAAUCCAUAUGAGUCUUUGAAUGGUUCCCUCUUCAGGUCUUUCUCGAAGUUGGGCAAUCAAUAUCCGGAAGCCUUCCAGAAAGAUAUGGGCUCUCAAAUGGAAUUUUUGCCUUCGGGAAAGCGUGUAUCUUCAACUUGUCCAGCAUUCCAAAGUCCAAGGAAACAUUUAUUUCAGUUGGCAGAAAUUGCAGCUCCUUUUUCUAGCAGGGGCAUUGCGACGACAAGUUCAAUGGAAUCAGCUCCACAAGGAUCUUCGGGAAUUGAUACCGAUAUAACUCCUCGCAUCAAAUUUAAGAGGCUUGAUAAAACCUCAAAACACAUAAUGCAGAUUUUAGACAAGGAAGCUGUUGAGGAGGUAAAAGCAAAGAGAGAAAUUCCAGAUAUAAAGCCAGGCUAUAUUGUGCAGCUCAAAGUGGAAGUACCUGAGAACAAGCGACGUGUCUCAACGUUGAAGGGCAUUGUAAUUGCCAGACGGAACGCUGGUCUAAACACAACUUUUAGAUUAAGGAGGCUAGUUGCUGGUGUUGGGAUUGAGUCUCUCUUCCCUCUAUACUCACCAAACAUAAAAGAGAUUACGGUGUUGGAGAAGAAGAAAGUGCGGAGGGCCAAGCUUUACUAUCUUAGGGACAAAAUGAAAUCGCUUAAGAAGCAUUAGCAACCUUUCUAUCCAAUGGGAUCAGAGGUGUGUAAUCAUUUUUGGCAAGAAAUCUCACGAGUUUUCAUGAUAUUAUCUUAUCCUGUCUUAAGCAUGGAGGGAGAACCGGGCUGAGAAUCUAGUAGUGCAGCCCUCAGCUUUGGCUGAAAUAAAAAAAAGAAGUCAACAUUGAUUGCCUUUAGAAGAAAAAUUCUUUGUUUUUAUGAUAGGAAACAUGCGACUUGCUGCUCUGAUAUUAUUAGGCUGUUUGCAAUGUGUGUGCCUGAUGUUGUUAUACAUUCCAUCUAUCAACAUUAUCAUCUUUUUGAAUGAAGGAUCAAUUACUUAUCA